UCAAAAUACCCAACGAACCGAUUGCCGCCCACGGUUGAAACAGUCGCAAUCUUCGAGCACCCUUCACGCCCCUGGCGUCAGCACAACCGAAUGCGCAUGCUGGGAGACAUCCUGCGAUCGACGGAUGGCGUCUCGUCCGUGCGUCCCAUACUCGACCCAAUCAUGCUUGUCGCAAUCGAUGCAGCUGCGUCACCGCCAUCGUCGCCGGUGCCUCCACCACUCCGAGAGGACGGUACACCUGGCCCGAUGGAGCUCCCUCCGCGCCAGUACCGCAUCGUUCGCGCAUGUGUCGUCAUUGUCCACGUCCUUUCCCUCGUAUACUUUGUCUGUGUUGCAUACGCGUCGUACUCAUACGACAGCUCGUCCGACCCGUCGACGUCGUGGCCAGCUCCAUUCACAUCGACGACGACGUCUGGAAUGAUACUACUAGCACACGUCGUCGCAGCAGCCCUUCACGUCGUCCGUGUAAAGUGUCUUGUGACGGCGGCGCUGCUCCACCGCGCAGAGUAUAUCCCGACCAAGCGCCCACGAGCGUUCUACGAACGCCUCAUGACGUGGUUGUGCUUGCACCAGGGUCUAGUCGUUGUGUCGCACACAUAUCACAGCUUGUUGCUCUACUCGUUCGUCCAGUCCCGCCUGUUCGUGGUUGUGUACCUCGUCGCCGUGUGGGUGUACUCGAUAUUGGCGUUCCCUUCGCUUCCGUUCCAGCGACUCGUUCCCAAAGUGCACCUCCGACUCGCGUCCUUGGCAUGUUCGCUAACUCUGGACAUUGUACCUGGCAUAAGUCUCAGGAUAUGGUGGAUCUUUGCGUGCGACGACCCGAUUGCCCACUUCGACGCGACCGAUUUUGCCACAGGCAUCGCGUCGACCAUCCCACCGAUCCUGCUUCUCUCCGCCUUGAGCUCCAUCACGGCUCUUGUGACCAAGUUCAAACCGGCGCGGUCUCCUCAAAAGAUCCGACGAGUGACCCAUGGCCCGUCGUCUCCACUGCGCUUCGAUUUUACGGAGCCGACCAAAGACUCGAAACCAUGCGGCUCACUUCAACGCGUGUGUGCGGUCGGCAGUGUCGUCUGGUCGUCGGUAGCACUGUCACUGGCAAUUCACGCCUUGCAUUCGCAUCCAAGCAACAUGCCCGGCUGUUCCCUUGUGCUCAGGCGCCCGUUCACGACCGUGCCGCAGGUUUGUCGGUCCUUUGAGCUCACUUGCAACAACAUGAGUGUGCAGUCCCUUGUCGACCUUCCCAUGCCUUCCACGUCCCUCGCAGCCCUCAAGUUUGCGAACUGCCCGACUCUGGCCUUGAACACAAUCGACAACAUCGUUUGGUCUGCUCUUGCCCGUUUGGAGCUACACAACUCGACCGUCACCGCCGUCGGCUCUGCUACGUUCCCGAGCCUCCUCCAUGUCGUGCUACGACGCACGAUUCUUUCCCACGAGGCCGCCGCCCCCGCGCUACUACCGCCCUCUCUGGUGUCUCUUCAACUGACGUCCAGUCGACUCUACGACGACGUCUUGCCUGCCCUUCCCCAGCUGCGCACUCUUGACCUCCGACACACUCCGCUUCGGACUUUUGACGGCGCCUCCAUGCCCCGCCUUGUCCACGUUGCCCUUCUCUACGCUCAGCUUUCAGCGAUCGACCCAUGGCCAGCUAUGAACCUUGAGGACCUGUGGCUGACUGGCAACCCCAUCGAGUCCAUCUCAGACGAGAUCCUCAGCCUCCCUCGACUCCAACUGCUUGUCGUCGACUACACCAAGAUCGAUCGAGUGGGAGAUCGAGUGUCCACCAGCCUCCUGCGCAUCGUCGCGACCGGCACGCCUCUGUGUGCAGGGAUUGCCGACUUUUUAACCCACGCACAGAUUCAAUACACCCACGGCGACACCUCGUUGGUGGUAUGCUGACGUUUUGAACUCAUUCGCAUCCAGUUGGUUGCGUCCCAA